UCCACCGCUCCAUCAGCGCACACACACAUGGCCGCAAACGCUCACUCAUUAUCGUCGUCGUCGUCGUCGUCGUCUUCGUCUUUGCCGAUGUUGAUGUUCUAACUAGCGCCACUCGACUCGACCAAUUGGUUCCGAUUAGAUUAUUGCUCAGCGAUUAGGCACACCAACUUCACACACUCAAUUGCUGAACGGAGUAAACAAAUAAACAUUUUUGUCCGUCGCCCGUCGCUCGUUGCUCAACGUUCGUCUAUUCUUGAAUUUUAGUGCAAUCUUAUUCGAUACUUCGGUGACUGAUUGUUAGUGACUUAUUGUGCAAGUUGUUCAGUUGCGACUUGGACAAUUGGACUGACUGUUGCUGUGACUAUCAAAUUGUGAUUAGGGGAGCCGCUUGUUGUCCAAUAAAAAGAAGACAGGAAGAAAAGAGGAAGAGUAGGAGGCGGUGGUGGUAUUAGAAAAGCAGCAUCAUUCUGCCGGCACAGCAAUUGGGAGCGGCGGUCUCGCCAUGGCCGUCCGCGAUAACGUCCGUCGACGACAUGGCACAUAAAGGUAAAGGGCAUAGCGGUGUGAACCAGCUAGGGGGGGUUUUCGUCAGCGGGCGUCCUUUGCCCGAUUCCACCAGACAGAAGAUCGUCGAACUGGCCCAUUCCGGAGCCAGACCUUGCGAUAUCUCCCGCAUCCUUCAGGUCUCGAACGGCUGCGUUUCCAAGAUUCUUGGCAGGUACUACGAAACGGGCUCUAUACGACCUCGUGCAAUAGGUGGUUCGAAACCGAGAGUUGCCACGGCCGAGGUGGUCGCAAAGAUAUCUUCGUUUAAAAGGGAAUGUCCUUCGAUCUUCGCGUGGGAGAUCCGUGAUCGGUUACUUCAAGAAGGAGUGUGCACCAACGACAACAUCCCUAGCGUGUCUUCGAUAAACAGGGUGCUCAGAAAUCUCGCGGCCCAGAAGGAACAGGCGGCAAACAGUCCUCCGGUGUCCUCGGCCAACGACACCAUGUACGACAAGUUGCGAUUGUUGAACGGCAAUCAGGGAAAUUGGCGGACGACGCCGUGGUAUUCACCUGGAAACACAUCGUUUCCGCUGCAACCGCUCAGUCCACCUCCGUCCACGAUACUGUCCGACGAUGUUUCCUCCAAGAAAGUGGUCGAUUUGGACGGAAUCCAUUCCGACGAAACAAAUUCCGGAGAUAAUUCAAAUGCUGGAUCAAGUAUAGGACCCGAUGAUGAUCAAGCGAGACUGCGACUAAAACGAAAACUGCAAAGAAAUCGUACUUCAUUUACUAACGAUCAAAUCGACAGCUUAGAAAAAGAAUUCGAAAGAACUCAUUACCCCGACGUGUUUGCACGAGAACGUCUCGCAGCAAAAAUAGGACUUCCCGAAGCCAGAAUUCAAGUGUGGUUUUCCAAUAGAAGGGCAAAAUGGAGGCGCGAAGAAAAAUUAAGGAAUCAGAGACGAGGAGCUCCUGCUCCAGCUGAACAUCCUGGUCCUGCGGCUUCGCCUCCCAGACUACAGACCUUUAAUAAUACCACUAGCAGCAUGUAUUCCCCAAUUGCACCUCCCAUGUCUAUAGCAGAUACGUAUAGUACAAUGUCUCCCAUGGGUGGUUUUGGACCGGGCGGCCUAGGGGGGUCGAUGGGUCCAUCGCCGGGCGCUUGUUUGCAACAGAGAGAAAGUCCGUCCAUGGGUGGAGCGAUGGGUGGCUACUGCAUGUCUCGGACACCUAGUUACGAUCUGGGUAUAGGUUACGGAGCUCGUCCGUCUCCCUGUAGUCCUACACAACCUUAUCAGAUGAAUGGCCAUCAGUACGCCGCCGCCAACGGGACCAACUCCGGGACAACAGGUCUAAUAUCUCCGGGAGUUUCAGUGCCGAUUGCGGUUCCGGGUCAAACAGACAUGACGUCUCAGUAUUGGCCCCGUAUACAGUGACCUUGGUGGAAUUAAAUGAACAGAUUGUGAAUCAAUUGGCUGUCGUUGUUCAUAAAAUCAUACCCUGCGCCCUCCUGGCCCACUACUUAGUUUUAUAUUUGACAACUCAUCUAUAAGAUGUUAUUAUUAUUAUUAUAUUAUAGAUAAUAUUUACUUGAAAGACGAUACAAGCGCACUUUAUUUCAAUAUCAACAACAAACUAACUGUGGUAUUUAAAACUGUCACGUAUUAGUACCUAUCUAACCCGAAUAGCUUAAUAAAAUGUAUUUUUUGUUAAUAACUCUGGUUGUGAUAAAAACAAACAACAGUUUUAAGUAUAAUCUGUCCAUCAUGUACUUAUUAUAAAAUAAAUCUGUAUAAAAUUAAAUAAAAUUAAAUUGUGUAAAUGUUUUAAUAACAAGAAGAUUCAUCCCCUUGUAAGUAUACAGUAUCAACAUUAAAUAAUGCGACAAAUUAAACUGCAUAUUUUACAAUGUUCUAGUCAGAUGAUUUUGUAUAUUUACGAAAUGAUGAAUUGUCAAUAAAAUGAAUUGUCAUGAGAAGGAAAAUGGAAUCCUGAAGCAGCAUCCGCAUCAUAUCAGCGACAGAAUAACUCCUAAAAUGUUUUUCGUGCAUGUAAUUUUUGUAAAAUUCAAUUCAAUUUUUUUCUUGUGACACCGUUUCUUAUAAAUUGUUUAUAAUUCUUUUUUAUUGAG